GUGGGCGAGCCUCAACCGGGGGCAGGAGGAUCCAGGCAGGCGGCGGGACGCAGGGGCUGGCCGCUGCGGCGGGCGACGGCUCCCGGACCCCCUCCUCGGCGCAGAGAGCCAGAGCGCGGCGGCGGCGGGGUCCGCUUUGGUGCUGAAGAGGCGACGGUCCCAGGCGCCCGCCCUCGCUCCCCACCAUGCCGUCCAGCGGGACCCUCGACGCCAGCAGCCCCGCUCCGAACCGCGAGGCGCUCGACACGCACAAGGGGGAAGAGGAGCCCGAGGAGAACCAGAGCAAGGAGGAGAAGCAGGAGCCGGGGACGCCCAUGAGGAAAGCCGGGCGGCCCGGGCGGAAGCGCAAGCAUGCCCAGGUGGAAAGCAGUGACACCCCCAAAGACAUCGCGGCCGUCCCCAAGUGCCCCCCGCCCUGCCCAGAGGCCAGCCCCGCCGAGCCGCUGCCCAACGGGGACGUGGAGGGGGACGGUGCCCAGUGGAAGGGCGCAGAGGAGGGCGGCACGAGCCCUAAGGGCGGGCGCCCCGAGGAGGACGAGACGGAGAGCCUGCCGGACGGCGAGACGGGCCGGGCGCUGGAGAACGGCCGCUGCACCCCCAAGGAGGGCCUGGACGCCCCGGCCGAUGAGGGUGAGCUGGCCCCUUCCGACCCCCAGAAGAAACGCGGGAGGAGGAAACUCCUGGAGGCCGCAGAGAAAAGCAAGGAAGAGAAGGAAGAAAACAACUUCGACACCCUGAAAAUGGAGGGCUCCCGCGGGCGGCUGCGCGGCGGGCUGGGCUGGGAGUCGAGCCUGCGGCAGCGGCCCAUGCAGCGGCACACCUUCCAGGCUGGGGACCCCUACUACAUCAGCAAGAGGAAGCGGGACGAGUGGCUGGCCCGUUGGAAGAGGGAGGCGGAGAAGAAGGCAAAGGUGAUCGCUGUCAUGAACGUGGUGGAGGAGACGCCGCGGGCAGAGCCCCAGAAGGAGGAGGAGGCCAGCCCCCCCGCCUCGCAGCAGCCCACCGACCCUGCCUCGCCCAACGUGGCCACCACGCCUGAGCCAGUGGUGGCCGACGCCGUCGACAAGAACACCUCCAAGUCGGCCGACGACGAGCCCGAGUACGAGGAUGGCCGGGGCUUCGGUAUCGGCGAGCUGGUGUGGGGCAAGCUGCGCGGCUUCUCCUGGUGGCCCGGGCGCAUCGUCUCCUGGUGGAUGACGGGCCGGAGCCGGGCGGCCGAGGGCACCCGCUGGGUGAUGUGGUUCGGGGACGGCAAGUUCUCGGUGGUCUGCGUAGAGAAGCUCUUGCCGCUCAGCUCCUUCGCCAGCGCCUUCCACCAGGCCACCUACAACAAGCAGCCCAUGUACCGCAAAGCCAUCUACGAGGUGCUGCAGGUGGCAAGCAGCAGAGCAGGGAAGAUCUUCCCGGCAUGCCCCGAAAACGACGAGACGGACACCUCCAAGGUGGUGGAGAUCCAGAACAAGCAGAUGAUCGAGUGGGCCCUGGGCGGCUUCCAGCCCUCCGGCCCCAAGGGCCUGGAGCCCCCCGAAGAGGAGCGAAACCCCUACAAAGAAGUUUACACGGAGAUGUGGGUAGAGCCAGAAGCAGCCGCCUACGCACCGCCCCCGCCCGCCAAAAAACCCAGGAAAAGCACAACAGAGAAGCCCAAGGUCAAGGAGAUCAUCGACGAACGCACCCGAGAGCGGCUCGUUUACGAGGUCCGGCAGAAAUGCAGAAACAUCGAAGACAUCUGCAUCUCCUGCGGGAGCCUCAACGUGACCUUGGAGCACCCUCUAUUUAUCGGAGGAAUGUGCCAAAACUGCAAGAACUGCUUCUUGGAGUGCGCAUACCAGUACGACGACGAUGGCUACCAGUCCUACUGCACCAUCUGCUGCGGUGGCCGCGAGGUGCUCAUGUGCGGCAACAACAACUGCUGCAGGUGCUUCUGCGUGGAGUGCGUGGACCUGCUGGUGGGCCCGGGGGCGGCCCAGGCGGCCAUCAAGGAGGACCCCUGGAACUGCUACAUGUGCGGCCAUAAGGGCGUCUACGGGCUGCUGCGGCGGCGGGAGGACUGGCCCUCGCGCCUCCAGAUGUUCUUCGCCAACAACCACGACCAGGAGUUUGACCCGCCGAAGGUGUACCCGCCGGUGCCGGCCGAGAAGAGGAAGCCCAUCCGGGUGCUCUCGCUCUUCGACGGCAUCGCCACAGGCCUGCUGGUGCUGAAGGACCUGGGCAUCCAGGUGGACCGCUACAUCGCCUCGGAGGUGUGCGAGGACUCCAUCACCGUGGGCAUGGUGAGGCACCAGGGCAAGAUCAUGUACGUCGGGGACGUCCGAAAUGUCACCCAGAAACACAUACAGGAGUGGGGCCCCUUCGACCUGGUGAUCGGGGGGAGCCCCUGCAAUGACCUCUCCAUCGUCAACCCGGCCAGGAAGGGGCUCUAUGAGGGCACUGGGCGGCUUUUCUUCGAGUUUUACCGCCUGCUCCACGAAGCCCGGCCCAAGGAGGGCGACGACCGGCCCUUCUUCUGGCUCUUUGAGAACGUGGUGGCCAUGGGGGUGAGCGACAAGAGGGACAUCUCGCGCUUCCUGGAGUCCAACCCCGUCAUGAUUGAUGCCAAAGAAGUGUCUGCAGCACACAGGGCACGGUACUUCUGGGGGAACCUUCCCGGGAUGAACAGGCCACUCGCGUCCACAGUCAACGAUAAGCUGGAGCUGCAGGAGUGCCUGGAGCACGGCAGGAUAGCAAAGUUCAGCAAAGUGCGAACUAUCACCACUCGCUCCAACUCCAUCAAGCAGGGCAAGGACCAGCAUUUCCCCGUCUUCAUGAACGAGAAGGAGGACAUCCUGUGGUGCACGGAGAUGGAGAGGGUCUUCGGCUUCCCAGUGCAUUACACAGACGUGUCCAACAUGAGCCGCCUGGCCCGGCAGAGACUGCUCGGCAGAUCCUGGAGCGUGCCGGUGAUCCGCCAUCUCUUUGCUCCCCUGAAGGAAUACUUUGCCUGCGUUUAAGAGAGACAGACAGGAACUGGUGACACGGAGCGAGUCAGAAACAAAACCAUCCACGCCAAGAGAAGUGAAAACACGGAAUGAGAGAAGAGUCAGCACCCAGAAAAGAGACGGGAUUUCGCAGCCCGACGGGAACCCAGCACACGUCUCCCCGAGCGAAAGGGUUCGGUGUCCUCUCCUGAAUUUCCAAUGUUCAGCUUUUAGCCUAUUUAAAAAAAAAAACCACAAAAAAAACCAACGAAAACGACAAAAAAAACAAAAACGAAACGAAAAAAAAAACAAACAAAAAACCAAAACCAUUUUUUUUUUGGGUAACCUUUUAAUUUUCCGCUCUUUUCUGGCUGGGUUUUUCUGUUGGUUUGGUUUCUGCUUCUCGGAGCAGCGGGCGAGACGAGACGCCGUCGCCAGCUCUGCUCUCGGAGGAGGGGAAACGGCAGCGGGAAACCCCAGCCGGGAGAGGCGGAGGCGAAGGAGACCCGCUCCGUCUGCGCCGAGCGUGCGCCGAGCUCGUGGCCCCGGCCGCCGGCCCGGCGAGCUUGGAGGGAGCGCGAAGCGGCAGGGAGGCGCUCGGCCGGCUCCGCAACGCCCAGCGACUGAGCCUCACUCUUUUCCACCAGCACCGUUCACUGGUGAUAUGGAGCCAACCCAACUGGCAGGGAAGCCGAGAACACACACACCACAACACACACCUUUUCUACAGUAUUUUGGGUGCCUACCACACGGGAAACCUUGAAGAAAGCAAAUUCUAGAAGCCGCUGUUACCUCUUGUUUACAGUUUAUAUAUAUAUGAUAGAUAUGAGAUAUAGAUAUAUAUAUAUAUAAAAGGUACUGUUACUACUGUACAACCUGACUUCAUAAUGGUGCUUUUAAACAGCGGGGUGAGUCGAGACAUCAGCUUCCAUGUUGCCUUACGUGCCGGGCCUUUCCGAGCGAGCGGCGCGGGAGGGGGCCGGGGCGGCGGCCGGGCGGGAAGCGUCUCCAUCCCGAGUCAUGCAAUAACCUUUUUCUGUCCUAAAAGGAAGCGCCUCCCUCGGCGACGGUGGUGGCCGCCCUGCCCUGCCCGGCCCUGCCCGCGCUGCCCGCCCUGCCUGCGACGCGCACAAACGUACUGGUGCUCUUCUGCGUACGUGGCGUCCCCGGCCGGGCCGGUGCUGGUUGUCCCCCCUCCCCGACCCGGCGGCAGCGGCGGGGUGUUCCUGCCUGCUCCUGCCCGCAGGUGCUGCCUGCCGGGCCGGCACGGGGCACGGGUGCUGUGAAUCGGGCUCUUGCCGAAAGCUGUGGCGGUGUCGCGCCGGCAGAGACGCGGGCAGGGCGGGAGGCAGGCAGGGAGCGAGCGUGGGACGGAGCGGUGCCGGAGCGUGGCUGGGGCGCUUCCGGCGCGGGACGGGGACGGCUGCGGGUCCCCGGACCCUGGUGCUAACAUCCGCGGGGCCGGGCUGGUCGGGCAGGAGGGCGAUGCCCCGGUGAGCCGGGAUGGGACCUCGGUGCUGCCCGCGGCGGCGCCUUGUGCACCGGGCAGCUCGGGGCAUCGCUCCUCUGUCCGAGCGUGGGUUUGGAGCAACUGUGUCCCGUUGGUGCCCCGUGCCGGGGGUGGCCCCGUGCCCCCUUUCCGGGGUGAUGGGUGCCCGAGAGGUGCACGGUGGGCAUGGGGAUGCCGCAGGAGCAGUGGUGUCGGUGUCGAGGGCAGGCAGCCCCGGCCGCAGGGGGCCGGGUGCCGCAACGGCGUUGGCGGUGCAGAGGGGAGCCGUGGUGCGUGCAGGCAGUGUGCAGGCAGGACGCGGGCAGGUGCUGGCAUUGCUGUGGAUGGUGCUACUUGUCUGGCAGCUGUGGGUGCCGCAGGAGGUCGGUGGGUCCGGCUCGGUGCGGGGGCAUUGCCCCACAUCCCCGGUGCCCACUGGGGUGGCCGGAUCCUGUGCCUGGUGCUGGAGCGGAGGGGCUCUGGCGGGGGCAGGGACUGGUGCUACGGCGCGGGGGAGGCUCUCGAGGGUCUCCGGCCCGUUGCCGUCUCUUCUCUAACUGUGAAAGGUGCUGGGGGUCCGCGUGCAGGCAGGGGCCGCCGGCCGCUCGGUGCGGGGUGCUGGCUAAUUGGCAGCGAGCCACGCCGGUGGCCCCGGGGUGCUGAGAGGUGCUGAGAGGUGCUGGGACCGACAGUGGCGGGGGCAGGCGGGGGGUGGCCCCGGGGCCCCCCCCACCUCCCCACCGCGCCUGGUGCUACCGGGGUUUCGGAGGCCCCUCUUGUCGGUGUGGACGGCGCGGGGAGCUGAGCGGGCGCAGGGCGGCCGCCGUGGGGGGCACCGCGGGGCCCAGCUUUGCCAGGUGGUAAAGGAGGCGAGGCGGGACGCGGCCCCCCGGCCCCGGUGCUGAGCCGUGGCUGUGGGCUCCGGCUUGGUCCCGGGGCCGGAUCCCGCGCUGCCCUGCAGCGCCGGGGCGAGUCUGGCACAGGACUGCUGCACCGCGCGCGAGUCCCGCCUGCUGUGGCAGCACCGGGCACGGGCCUUGCACGGCCCUGCAGCGCUGUUUGCAGGUCCUGUGUGGCCCGCAGCACUGGGUGCAAGUGCUACGUGGCCCUGGAGCGCUGGGUGCAGGUCCUGCACGGCCCCGCAGCAUCACACGCGAGUCUUGCAUGGCCCUGCAGCACCGCUCGCAGGUCCUGCACGGCUCUGCAGCACCAGCUGUGGGUCCUGCACUGCCCUGCAGCGCUGUCUGCAGGUCCUGCAUGGCCCACAGCACCGGGUGCAAGUGCUUCAUGGCCCUGCAGCGCUGUUUGCAGGUCCUGCGUGGCACUGCAGCACUGGGCGCGAGUCUUGUGUGGCCCUGCAGCGCUGGGUGCUGGUCUUGCAUGGCCCCGCAGUGCUGGGUGCUAGUGCUGCACAGUCCUGCAGCACUGUUUCCAAGUCCUGCAUGGCCUUGCAGCGCCGGGUGCAAGCGCUACACGGCCCUGCAGCACCAGGUGCAAAUCCUGCACAGCUGUGCAGCACCCUUGGUGAGCCUUGUAGGGCCCUGCAGCACCGUUUGCGGGUCCUGCACGGCCCUGCAGCGCCGGCUGGGAGCCUGGCGCGGCCCUGCAGCAGGGUUUGGGGGGUCUCGGCGGGCCCCGCCACACCGCACCGGCCUGGCGCAGCGCCGCAGCGCUUCCCUGGGACCCUCUCAGCCCCGCGGCACCUUUCACGGGCCGGGUCCCAGCCGGCUCUGCAGCACGGUGUGCCGGCCUGGUGCGGCGUUGGCGCGUCCCAGGCGGUUCCUGCACCUGCCCCGGGCGCCCGCAGCUGGGACGCCCAGGCCGGUGCCGGAGCCGGUGCCAGAGCCGGUGACGGAGCCGGUGCCGGCGGGAAGCAGGUUCCCGUCGCGGCACAACUGGAAAGGCACCAGGGCGGCGCCGGGCUCGGCUCGGUGGUGCCGGGGGCACGUCGGCAGCUCCGCGGCAGCCGCCGGCGGUGGUGGGGACCGUGGGGACGCCUGGGGAAAGAGUUCAGUUUUUAACGUACCCGACUCACAUCUUUUUUUAAAACAAACAGACAAAUUUUGUUGCACAGCCCUAGAUGAAACAGUAAAAACAAAAAAAAAAAGCCUAAAUUCCUUAAGAUCCGCCGA